CCGCGAGGCUGCGUGCUGAUGGCGAGGCCGCUGGCGGUGGGCCCGUCGGGCGCGGGUCCCGCGGAGCCCCGCGGCCGGGACGCGCCGAUGCUGCUGCGCGUGCACGUGAUCGAGGCGCGGGGGCUCCGGGCGAUCUACCCCAACGGCUCCAGCGACCCCUACGUGCGGCUGCAGCUGGGGCGGCGCCGCGUGAGGGCGACGACGGUGGUGAAGCGGAGCCUCAGCCCCGUGUGGGACGAGGAGUUCGGGUUCCUCGUCGGCGACGUCGCCGAGGAGCUCGUCGUCUCCGUGCUCAACGAGGAUCGGUUCUUCAGCACCGACUUCCUCGGGCGCGUGCGGGUGCCCCUCGCCGCGAUCAUGGAGACGGAGGACCUCUCGCUCGGCACCGCGUGGUACCAGCUCCAGCCCAGGACCGGCGGCAAGUUCAGGAGGAAAAGGCGCGGUGAAAUUUGCCUUAAGAUAUACUUAUCGGUUAGGGCCACCAUUUGUGACGACGCACAUAAUGCCCUGCCGCAACUUAUCGAUGAUAUAGCGUCCAGCUCGCAAAGGUCAGUUGAAACAAAUGACUCGUCCUUAUCAGCUGCUGCUAGCAGCCUGGAUCUGUCAGCCUGUGGCGGCAUGGAUCAGGCAUCUCGUAGUAGUGCGGAUUUGUUGACCCAAACCAUCGUGGAGCAACGAGCCCCUAGAAUUGCAAGGUCACCAUCCUGUGUCAGCACAGGACAAUCCAUUCUUCUGGAGCCUGAAGAUGACGAUAGUGCCACUGCUAAUACAUCAUCAGUAGUGGAGGUCAUGUCUCGAUACUUUCGGAAAUCUGCUGAUGCUGCACAUUCUGUCACAUCAGAUCCCCUGUCCAUAGACCAGCUUCGCGAUGCACAAAUGAAUUCUGAAUCUCUUGAAAAUGGCAAGAACGGCACAGUGCCUGAGGUUAGUCUUGAUGAACUACUGAAAAUUAUGGGGUCCAAAGAUCAAAUUCGUGAAAUGCCAGGAAACUUGCCUGGUGGCGUGCUGGUGGACCAAUCUUACAUUAUUGCACCAGCUGAAAUGAAUUCUCUGUUGUUCUCCCCAAAUUCAGAUUUCUGGCCAGCAGUCGCAGAAGUUCAAGGAACAAAUGGGUUUCAAAUUGAGCCCUGGAAACAUGAGUCCAACGAGAAUUGUUUGAAAAGAACAUUAACUUAUACAAAAGCUGCAAGCAAAUUAGUUAAAUCUGUUAAAGCUACAGAAGAGCAGAAAUACUUGAAGGCAACUGGAAACUCUUUUGCAGUUUUGUCUUGUGUUAGCACUCCUGAUGUUCCCUGUGGUACUUGUUUCAAGGUGGAGAUAUUGUACUGCAUAAUGCCAGGUCCCCAGUUGCCAUCUGAAGAACAAACCACACAACUUAUUGUAAGUUGGCGUCUGAACUUUGUUCAGAGUACGAUGUUGAAAGGAAUGAUCGAGAAUGGGACAAAACAAGGCCUUGCAGAAGGAUAUUCACAGUUUUCUGAAAUACUGUCCCGGAAAAUUAAAAUAGUUGAACUUGAUGAUGCUAAUAACAAAGAUAAGAUUUUAGCUUCAUUGCAGACACAGAAAGAAUCAAACUGGAAGUUAGUUGCCCGUUUCCUUGGGACCUUUGCGUUCAUAUUCUCUCUCAGUACAGCACUGUAUAUCAUUACACAUCUUCAUUUAGCCAAGCCCAAUAUGGUGCAAGGGGGGCUUGAAUAUUUUGGUAUUGAUCUUCCAGAUUCUAUUGGAGAGGUUGUAUUUUGUAUCAUUCUGAUCGUUCAGGGGCAUAAUAUCUUCAAAGUCGGUCGACGCUUUUUGCAUGCCUGGAAACAACGUGGUAGUGAUCAUGGGGUCAAAGCUCAUGGCGAUGGUUGGUUGCUGACUAUUGCACUUAUUGAGGGAAGAGAUGUAGUGGGCGCAGGUACACCUGGCUUGCCUGAUCCUUAUGUAGUUUUUACCUGCAAUGGAAAGAGGAAAACUAGCUCAGUCAAAUAUCAAACAUCCGAUCCAAAAUGGAAUGAGAUAUUUGAAUUUGAUGCGAUGGAUGAUCCUCCAGCAAGGUUGGACAUCGUUGUGUAUGAUUCGGAUGGAUCAUUGAUUGAAACUCCUAUUGGUCAAACAGAAGUCAACUUUGUGAAAAAUAAUUUGUCAGAUUUGGGUGACAUGUGGCUUACGCUCGAUGGAAGGUUUGCCCAAGGCCACCAGCCCAAUUUACACCUACGGAUCUUUUUAGACAACUCGCGGGGGACCGAAGUUGUUAUGAAUUAUCUGGAAAAGAUGGGGAAAGAAAUUGGUAAGAAGAUGCACUUGCGCUCUGCUCAGACAAAUUCAGCAUUCCGUAAGCUCUUUAGCCUUCCUCCAGAAGAAUUCCUUAUCGAUGAUUUCACCUGCCAUCUAAAACGGAAAAUGCCACUUCAGGGGCGACUCUUUCUUUCCCCAAGAAUUACUGGAUUUUAUUCGAAUAUAUUUGGCCGGAAAACUAAAUUUUUCUUUCUUUGGGAAGACAUUGAUGAUAUCCAAGUUGUUCCGCCAAAACUAGCAACAGUUGGCAGUCCAUCCUUGAUUAUCAUCCUUUGCAAGGACAGAGGUCUGGAAGCCAGGCAUGGUGCGAAAACAUUGGAUCCUCAAGGAAGACUGAAAUUCCAUUUCCAGACAUUUGUUUCAUUCAAUGAUGCUCACAGAAUUAUUAUGGCACUUUGGAAAAUGCGGUCAUCGGGUCUAGUACAGAAGGGUGACAUGAUUGAUAAAGAACCAGAACUAAAGGAGCUUCCCUGUGAAGAAGGUUCUCUAUUGGCGAACGAAGAUGUUAACAUGUCAGAAGUCUACUCGGUAGUUCUUUCUGUUGAUGUCAGUGCCUUGAUGGAGAUGUUCUCCGGAGGCUCACUGGAACACAAAGUGAUGGAGAAAGUCGGUUGUGUUGACUACUCACCAACAGAAUGGGAGCUGGUAAACCGUAACAUAUACCAACGGCGUAUCAGUUUUAGGUUUGACAAAACCUCAUCAAAAUAUGGAGGGGAAGCAACGACCACUCAACAAAGAUAUAACUUACCGAACCGAAAUGACUGGGUCAUUGAGGAGGUGAUGACACUCCAAGGCGUCCUCCACGAAGACUACUCCAGUAUUCAGAUUAAGUAUCACAUGAUAAGCACUCCCUUGAGACCGAACACAUGCAGCAUCAAGGUGUUAUUAGGGAUUGCCUGGUUGAAGGGCACUAAGAACCAAAAGAAGGCUACAAAGAACGUCAUGUCGAAUUCUACCAACAGGUUGAGGGAGAUUUUUUCAGAAGUUGAGAAGGAGAUCGCAUCAAGGAAAGGUGCCAGCUGAUACCCAUGAGAGCCAAGCAUAGAUUGAUUCGAGUAUAUUAAAGAAAGACACCAAAUAUCGGGGUAAAAUCUUCGGUGCAAACUAGCAAAUGGGUGUAAACGUGUAAACAACAAAUAUCGUCCAUCCAAUCCCCAUCCAAAUGUUACGCUUGAUCUCACCAUCCUACCAGUGGAGAGGUUUGAUCUGCAGAAAACUCCCAUACGGCUAUGAAAUAUCGUGAAAUAACCUCUUCACUAGUAAGAUGAUGGGAUCAGCUACAGCCUUUAGAUAGGGAUCAGACGAACGACAUUCAUUGUUUGCGUUUGCUAGUUUGCACCAAAGAUUCCCCCAAAUAUUAGCUGCAGAAAAAUCUGCCGUUGUAGCUGGUUAGCUUCACUGAUUGUUUCAGCUCUUGCCGCUACUUCUGCCGGCCCAGUUUUUGCACAGAUGGCCAGCCUAUGCGAAAGAGAGCUUUUGCACAGAUAGCCCCAGAUAUGUUUUCUCCUCACACGUUUGAUUAAUUCAGUGUUGCCAGGUAGGAAUUCAAGCAGAACUGUAUAUAUACGAUCAAAAUACGUCACAGAAUUACAGGAAUGAAAUGUAAAGAAUGAAUCUCUCUUGUUGCAGUAGUUUUA